AUGUGGGCGCGGGUCCUGCUGCUUGUCUGCCUGGCAGGGCAACUGCAGCUCCUGGACUCCGGCUUCCUGCAGGCCAUCGUCCCUGCAGCCCUGCAGCUGAUAAGCAACGGGAAGACGUUCGCGAGGGUGGACGACCGGCUGCUGAGCUGGCCCGACGCGCUGCACUUCUGCCGGCUGUACUUCACCGACCUGGCUGACCUGCAGAGCAUGGGCAGUUUGUUCAGCCUCACGGACCUGUACAGAGUCACCAGCGACGUGGCCGCCUGGAUCGGCCUCUUCUUCGACGUGGCCACGCAGCAGCUGUCCUGGUCCAGCGGCUCCGUCUUCAGCACCCCCCAGUGGACCAAGAUGCCCAGCUUUGGGGCUGGCAUCUGUGCCACCCUGCACUCCACCGCGGGCGUGCCCAGCCUGGGCGCCGACGCCUGCGCCGUGAGGAAACCGUUCAUCUGCUACUACGACGAGAAGGUAGGACACCGCCUCACCACCCAGCCGCCGCUCAGCCUCACCACCUCUCCCCCGCCAGCGGCGGUGCAGGUGGGCGGCCGGACCUUCCUGCGGUUCGAGCGGCCGCUCCCGUGGCUCGAGGCUCUGAUCUUCUGUCGCCGCCGCUGCUCGGACCUGGCUGACCUGCAGGCGCUGGGCGGGACGGACUGGGACGCGCUGCAGCCCAUCGCCUGGGACCGGCCCGAGGCCUGGAUCGGCCUCUACUUCAGCCCGGUCUCCGGUGCCCCGCGCUGGUCCAGUGACCAGGGGGACGGCGGCGUGCCCAGCUGGCUGGAGGUGCCCGCGAUGGGGGUGGGGCUGUGCGCGGGGCUGGGAACCUUCCGGAACUUCGGGCCGCGCCUGUACGUGACCAGCUGCUCCCUCCACCGGCCCUUCCUCUGCUUCCACGAUCCCGCCAUCGGCCAUCGGACCUCGGCGCCGCUUCCUGUGCAGUUCCUCUCGCACGUGAAGACGACGCCAGGGACCCCGUCAGUAGCAGCGACCCCGGCUCCUGCUUUGGAGAAGACCAUCACCGUCAGGGAGCUGCCGGAGGGUGCCCAGAUCUCCCAGGAAGCGCUGAAGCCACCACAGCUGCCGGCGUCCACCCCGCCUGCACCCCCAGGGGGCAGCACAGACCUCCAGGAAUCAGCAGUGGGGACCCCCCCUGCGCCCACAGCCAGCCCAGGGGUCACUGAGCUCCCCCUGAAGGACCCGGGGACCCCUGGCAAGUCGGUCACCCACUGGACGGCGACCCAGGCGGCCACCGUCAGCCCAUCCCAAGGGCCGGAAGUACAAGCCUCAGAGACCCCCGCGACCCCCCAGAGUGGCAGGGCAGGCCCAGAGGGGGCGGUCCAGAGCCCCACGGAGGACACACAGCCCAGGACAGAGAGACGCUUUGGCAUCCUGAGGGCGGACUUCACCCUGCCGGCCGGCGUGGACCCCGAGGGGAGCAGAGAGAAGCUUCUGCAGGAGGUCAUCAAGCUUUGGGUGUCCCGAAAGUGA